AUGCCGACAUUUGACCAGCUGGCUGAUUCGCCCAAGAAGGGCCGGAUCAUCAAAUCGGCGUAUGACAGUGAGAGCUUCGAGGCCGACGGCUCAAUCCAUGUCGAGGGCGUCGUCGGCUCUGCCACCAUUUCGCCUUCAGGGCGAGACAUUGCGCUGGCGUCACCAGAAGGUCUUGCAAUUAUCGAUCUAGACUCGCCGUACAGUGCACCGCGGCGUCUGCGAGGCUCUGGCCAGCCAUGGCUGGUUGUCGACGUGCAAUGGUCUCCGUUCACAGCUCGAGACUAUUGGGUCGUCUCAACGGCAAAUCACCGUGCGCUGGUGUGGAAUCUCAAUCUCCGGGACGAUUCAAGCACUGGCGCAAUUGAGCACUCUCUCCAGGGCCAUACUAGGGCCAUCACAGACGUCAACUUUUCAGCCCACCAUCCCGAUCUCCUUGCAACUUGCUCCGUAGACGGCUAUGUGCAUUGGUGGGACCUGCGCCGGCCUCGUCAACCUGUACUUACCUUUUGUGAUUUCUUUGCUGGUGCUACCCAAGUCAAGUACAAUCGUCGCGAUCCUCACAUCCUAGCUUCAUCACAUGAUCGUUGGUUGCGCAUUUGGGACGAGCGAAAGGUUUCGGAGCCUGUCAAGUCCAUUACCGCACACACAUCCAAGAUAUAUGGCCUGGACUGGAAUCGAAGCAAAGCGACUGGUCUUGUCACAUGCUCCUUGGACCAGAGUAUGAAGUUUUGGGAUUACAGCAAUGACGGCAACGAAUUGGAGCAUGUUAUUCAAACUGACUAUCCGGUUUGGAGAGCCCGCCAUACGCCGUUUGGUCAUGGCCUUCUAGCAAUGCCUCAGAACGAACCUGGGGAUCUAUACCUGUAUGAUCGCCAAUGGUCCAAUGAUGCGACUAAGGAAAAGUCACAGAAACCAGUUGCUGUGUUUCCUGGCCAUGGAGGCCACCAAGCAAAGGAGUUCCUGUGGAGAACUCGAGGCGGGGUUUCAGAAGAUAACCUUGAUGAGCGAGAAUUUCAACUUGUAUCCUGGGGAACGGAUAAUGAAUUACGACUUCACUGUAUCGACCCUAAUAUCCUCUCAGCCGUAGGAUACAAGAAAGGAACCCCAGCUCAGGACGGCAUCAGCCUUACUCGAAAGGGAGCAACGUACAAAACAUUCCGCACCGUUGAUGAUGCAUCCAACCUUGACAAACGGACGAGUACAAUGAAAGAUUCAAGGACCGGCGCGGGUCACAAGCAAAGUGCCCUUACGGCUGCUGCACGAUCUUCUGCGCCCUUUGGUCGUCAGAUGAGGCCGGCGUGGCGUGGACCAUCAAUGAAAGCCAAAAGUGGAUCAGGCAAGAGGCUGGAUCCGAGUCAAGCACAGAUCGGUUGGAUGAAGGGUAUCAGUAUAACGAAGAGAAGAGGUUUAAUGGAUGGGCCUAGGCGGUUAAUGUCUAAGGACUCCGGCAUUAUGGGCCACGGCUAUCCUGACGACCAAUGGGGCGAGCCCGACACAAUUCAAGAAGAGCUCCUCCGUGUUAGUACUCAGAUCCCAAAGGUCAAGUGGGACAAUAUCGACAUGGACAACUUAACGUUGAGUGCCUCGCUCAAUGGCCCAUGGGGGAAGGACGGAGAAGCCAUCUUCAUCAAGGUGAAGAUUGAUAUACCUUUGGAGUAUCCCAAGCUCAAAGCGCCAAAAUUCAUCAUCGAGAAGAGCUCAUUUAUGCCAGAAGAAAUGCACAAGCGGCUUAACCGAGAGCUACAUGAACUCGCAGAACAAUUUUUACGAAGAAAGCAAAAUUGCCUGGAAGUAAUAUUCACCUACCUGUUAGGCGAAGUUGAUCUCGAGUCCAGCACUACUUUCUUCAAGAACGUUCGCGACUUAGACGAUGAUGAUGACGGGCUGGCCGACGAUAGUUCAACAGAUGAGGAGGAAGACAUUCCAGCAGGUGGAUCGGCCUCUAUGUCUCAGGAACUCCCUCCUCAAGACGCGGACCUCGCAAUUGCGACUCCUGCCCGUCUCAUUAUUCCACCACCUCCCCUCACCUGUAGCGCUCGGUUUUCGCAUGAUGGCCGACUCAUUUGCUUCUUCCCGACAAAGGAAGAAAAAGCACGGGUUCUAUUCCAAACAAGUGCGGAUGCGAAUAAAGACCGUACUAGGAUAGACCAACCAUUCUUCGCUGGCUUUGGUCGCCUGACACAGGAUCCCCUUCCGCGAUACAAGUAUACGACCGAGGAAGCUUCCGCUACGGAGGAUCAAUCAGACUCUGAGGAAACUGACGAGUCUUCUUCUUCAUCAGGCGACUCUGAGUCUACAUCAAUACAUAAAAUGAGCCUGUGGUAUCAUUCAAGCCGGCAUCUAAGGAAGGCUUGGAGCGAAGAUCGAUCAAUUCGAUCCAGCGGUGGUGGAACAGGAACAGGAGUGGGUACGGGCACAGGUACGGGCACAAGCCGCCGACGGAUCGGCCGACCUCGAAAUGUGAUAUCAAUCCACGAUCUGCGGCCUGACCUGCCCUCUAAGAAGGAGUUUGCACAAGAGUAUGCCAUCUUUGGUGACGGAGCAGAUGUGUGCGAGCACAACGCAAGAGUUGCAGAGAAAUAUGGUUACACCGACCUUAUGAAUGUAUGGCACUACUUGGCCCUGCUUUUGAAGAAGGGCAUACCACUCGAAGUCUUGGCCAGCAAUCAGAGACGGAGCUCUAUCCUUGUCAUCGCCCGCGAUGUUGUGUCCAAGACUCGCGUAUUAGACAACGAUCAGGGCAACACUCCAGCAGGAGACAGUGCCUUGCUAGGUCGAGUGAAAUGGGGCCGGCAUCCGCUGGCCAAGGAUUUUAUCCAAGAACUCUUCAGCUACUUUGAGAUGAUUGCCGAUAUACAAAUGUUGGCGAUGCUUUCAUGCAUCUUUAGCGAAUCAUCGGCCGAUGACAGUGUUGCCUACGUGGAAUCACAACUUCCAUCCCAGGAAACACCACUUCCUCUUAAGGCGCCGUCCUUCUCCCUAGACUAUUUCCCUACAGAUGCCACUACGUGGAAUAUCUAUGGAAGAGGUGUACCACAUUCGAAUGUGACUACACCCGGCACUCUUCACACGCCGCUUCCUUAUGCUGGCUCACACGCAUCUGAUGAUGGAAUCAUGUGGGCUGGCGAGCCUGGCACGAAUUCAUACUCCUGCGGCGAGACACCGCCAUCAAAAAGGCCUCUGACCGCUGAUGCAGACCCUCCCUCAACAAUGCUAUCGCGGUCUCCCUCCAACCGACCUCUCUCAAGGGUUAGCACCGGGUUAAGUUCAGCAUUUUCAACAAACUUCCCGCGGUCAUUCACGGGGGCAAGUUCGUCAUCACCCCCGGCGGGACAGCUGAGAAAGAAGCCAAGCCCAGCUGAGAUGAUUUUGAAUACGCUGACUCCGCGUACGGGAUAUGCUAGUGCGGGGCCGACUUAUCCCGUGGGAGAUUCUAGUGGAGGUAGGAACUCGGUGUCAGACGACGAAUACCGCCGAGAUGAUCUGAUGUCUCUCGUACCGGUGAGCGUUUCGGUAUUUGUGGAAGAUCAAACAAUAUUUGAUGAUGACGGUUGGCUGAGCGAGCCUCUACUGGAGCCGAGCCGAGCCAACAUUUACGCCAACUACCGGUAUGCAUAUGCAGAGAUGUUGCAGAUGUGGCGACAGCCCCUCGCUCGAUUGGAAGUCAUGAAAUUCAACGUUUUGAAGGACGAAUCGCCUUUUGCUGGAGUAGAGGGAAGCUUUCACGAUUCGUUUACGCUCCACGAUGGGGCCAGUGGGAAUGCAUCCCACCUCAAGACGGGAUCGUCACCUAUCAUUAUGGGCAAGAAAGAUCAGCUGCAAAUUCUAGCUGCUUCUGGCCGCGGGUUGGAUGUGACGGGUAUAUGCCUUGUUCACGAGACUCAAUUAGACCCCUUGCGUUACACUUCUUCCGACUCCAAGGUCGGUGGAGCAGUGGGAACCUGCGAUCGUUGUCAUCGUAUCCAGAACCAGCUCCGCUGUGUGUACUGCCUGGAGCCCGUAGACGCUCUUUUCCCGCCGUGCCUGUCAUGCGGGUGCGCGUUUCACGAAGACUGCCUUGCAGAGUGGCAUGCUGCGGGCGAGAUGUUCUGCCCGGCUGGAGAUGAAUGCAACUGCGUCGAAGAAGCCGUCAGAGGUCAGGUGGAAUCGUGGGCGGCUCUCCAGGGCGCCGUGAUGAAAACACAGUCUAAGACGUUGCUGCUACCGGGCGCAGCAAUGGAUGGCAGCGAUGUAGAGCAUGAGAAGCAUCAAAGAGUGGGUACUAACGGCGACUGGGAACGUGUUGGUAGAAAUGUACCAAGUAGGGCGCAAGGUGCAACGGCAUCGACUGGAUUGAGUCUCGUACGCUUUAAAACGCCUACAGGGCCUUGGUCAAGAGCCUCGAGCCAAAGGAGAAAUGGGAAGAGGGGGAACUGA